UUUAUGAAUGGCGUGUCACCAAAAGAUUUUUAGGGUUCCAGAGGCAUGGCCUCUCUGCAGGCGAUCUGGGUCGCCAUGGUGCUCACCAUGUUAGCAAUGGGGGCAAAUGGAAGCAGGCGAUUGAUAGAGCUCCAGCUUCCAAUAAUUGGGCUUCCUCCUCUGCCCAUUUUUCCUCCUCCUGUUCCUGAGCCUCCGCCAGUGCCACCAUCUCCCGGUUAUGAACUUCCACCACUACCUCCGCCGCCACCAGUCUACGUUACACCACCACCUCCACCUCCACCUGUCUCUAAGCCCCCACCGCUGCCACCUCCUGUGUACAGCCCACCUCCGCCACCACCUGUGCACAAGUCCCCAUCACCGCCGCCGCUGCCGGUCUACAGCCCGCCGCCACCGGUACCCAAAUCCCCACCACCGCCGGUCCCCAAAUCCCCACCACCGCCACUAGUUUAUAGUCCACCACCACCACCAGUCCCCAAAUCCCCACCACCGCCACUAGUUUAUAGUCCACCACCACCACCACCGGUCCCCAAAUCCCCACCACCACCACUAGUUUAUAGUCCACCACCACCACCACCGGCCCCCAAAUCCCCACCACCACCACCACCUAUUCGAUUUUUCACUUUUCCAUCGCCACCGCCACCUCCGGCGAGACUCAUGUAGCAUCCUCAUCCAUCUGCCAACUAAAGUGGACAAGAGGCUUUUGCGCGCUGGCGUGGACGAAAGCAUGACGGGCGUAUCAACUGAUGCCUGCUGUGCUCUCUCUAUGCUUCUCUAAUUGUACGUCGUCUUCUUGGGCGCAUUUGAUGUAGUAAAAAGUUGCUUGGACAAUAAAUGCAACUCUGAAGAAGAAUUGAAAAAGCUCUCUCUCUCUCUCUUCUUGGUUCGCUUGAUGUAAUAAAAAGUUACUUGGACAACAAAUGCAGCUCUACAGAAGAAGGGCUCUCUCUCUCUCUCUCUCUCUCUCUCUAUUGUCAUGCUUCUUCAAGAUUCUUAUUCCUUUUUGUUCAUUUGAAAGUCAUUUAAGAACAGCAAUAUAUUGUAGUAUGUCAUAAUGUGUCAUAAAGAUUGAUAAGACGGCAACAAAAGUUGCU